GGGAGGGGCGAAAGCCAUGUGCAGGGCCAUGGCAGGGGCGGAGGUGCCGGCACAGACAAUAUUUAAGAUGCUGUCUUUGGAGAGCACUCAGGCUUGAGAAGCAAAUCAACAGGGCAUCCAUUAAGCUCAACUUUCAGAAACUCAAGCUUUGAGGAAGGCUAAGGAAGAGCAAGGAAAGCAAGAAGUCAGAGGCGUGAGGCCACCCAGAGUGGGCAGAGGCUUGCCACAGCUCCACAGACCUCUGCCAGGCACAGCCAGACUCUCCUGAAGGACGAUCGCCCUGACCCAGGCCCACAGAAGAUGCUGACAAAGACCCUCUCCACUGUGACCUGGCUCAGUGUUUUCACCUUGGCCUUUGUCAGUCACCCAGUGUGGCUGCAAAAGCUCCCUAAGCGCAAGGCACCUGCACAGGCCAAAGUGGCCACCUGCUGCGAGGAGGUGAAUGAGCUCAAGGCCCAGGUGGCUAACCUUAGUGGUCUACUGAGCGAACUGAGCCAGAAGCAGGAGAAGGACUGGGUCAGCGUGGUCAUGCAGGUGAUGGAGCUGGAGAGCACCAGCAAGCGCCUGGAGUCGCGGCUCACAGAUGCCGAGAGCAAGUACUCAGAGAUGAACAACCAGCUGGACAUCAUGCAGCUGCAAGCCGCGCAGACGCUCACGCAGACCUCGGCAGAUGCCAUCUAUGACUGCUCUUCCCUCUACCAGAAGAACUACCACAUCUCUGGGGUGUACAAGCUUCCUCCAGACGAGUUCCUGGGUAGUCCCGAGCUGGAGGUGUUCUGUGACAUGGAGACUUCGGGUGGAGGCUGGACCAUCAUCCAGAGACGGAGGAGUGGCCUUGUCCCCUUCUACCAAGACUGGAAGCAGUACAAGCAAGGCUUUGGCAGCAUCCGUGGGGACUUCUGGCUGGGUAACGAGCACAUCCACAGGCUCACCAGACAGCCCACCCGGCUCCGUGUGGAACUGGAGGACUGGGAGGGCGAGGUGCGCUACGCUGAGUACAGCCGCUUCGCCGUGGCCAACGAGAUGAACAGCUACCGCCUCUCCCUGGGGAACUACAGCGGGGACAUGGGGAACAAUGCCCUCCUCUAUCACAACAACACGGCCUUCAGCACCAAGGACAAGGACAACGACAACUGCUUGGACAAGUGUGCACAGCUGCGCAAAGGUGGGUACUGGUACAACUGCUGCACGGACUCCAACCUCAAUGGGGUGUACUACCGCCAGGGCAACCACAAGGAGCACCUGGAUGGCAUCACCUGGUACGGCUGGCACGGUGCCAGCUACUCCCUCAAGCGGGUGGAGAUGAAAAUCCGCCCGGAAGGCUUCAGGCCCUGAAAGGAGGCUGCUGCAGGGCAGGGCUGCUGCAAGGGGGCGCCCGGUGUGGGGCAGGGAGAGGCAGGAGGAAGGCCUGCACGCUCCAAGGAGAGGGGAGCCCUCUGAGAAGCAUAAAAUAUUUUAGCACGUGGGCUGCCGAAGCCAGCACAUGCGCACAGUAACACCAAGGACGUCCCAUAAACGGGAUGAAGUACCUAAAGCCAGCGGUUCCUGCCACACCUGCUCCGGGGCUGAGCUGAGCGGGGCCACUCUGCCCCUCACCCCUGACGAAGCACCUGUUUAUUCAUCUUCUCUAAGCUAUGUGAGGGUGGACAGCAAACACCUUUGCUAAAGAGGACUACACUAUCUUGAUUCCCAAAAGUGAGGCCUUGAGUGUUACAGAAAGGAGCCAAAAAGUGGGUGGAAGUGGAGAGGAAAUUUUGCUUUUAAAUCAAAUGAAAUCACAUUUAGCCUACAUGUUUUUUAAAAACACAAAAACUGUCAGGCUGGAGAUGAGCUGCUGGAGUCUGCUGGGGAGACUCCAGGCCCUGGGCCUGGAGAUCAGACCCGGGGAGCAUCAUGGGGCCACGUGGCCAGGAAACAGCACCCAGAGGUGCAGCAGGGACCAUUGGGGGCAGCGGGGCGGAGGGCAGAGCGCUUGGAGCUCACGGGCCGAACCCAGGCAGCAGGGUUAUUCACUUUGUAAGAAAGGAGCCCGGUGGCUUCCCUUUUAUCUUGUCUAUAAGAGAUGGCCGAAAACUGAAGACAGGCAGUGCCAGGGUUAACAAUUCCCUCUGUAAGUAAGCAUCUUGCUUUGUACAAAUAGAAUGUUGCAGUGUGAGACCGAAAUGUUAAAGGUCUCCUACCGGCACCAUCCUACGUAAGACUUGAGUAUUUUCUUUAAUUCUUCUCAUUACCACUUAUAGUGUUGUAAAAAGUUCAAACAAACCAGAGUCUGUGGUGACAAGGAGACUCGGAGCUUGUUUCAGGCUUCAGAGACACCAAGCAGGAGCAAAAAGCCAAGAAAAGAAGAGCGCCAACAGGCAGCUGCCCCGGCGAGGUCCGAGCCAGGCCGCUCACUAACCCCACGCAGGCCAGUCACCGCGUCGCUUUAAAAUGCUUUGCAAAUGUUGCCCUGUUUUCUACUUAAAAACAAAGUAAAGAUUAUCUUUAACACAA